AUGAGACAAGAAAUAUUGAUUUAUAUCGUAGACAACGAAACGUACGAAAAGGAUGCCGUCUUUUAUGUUGAAUUGGGUGAACCCGUGAGAGAUGAAGAAUCAAUGGAAGAGUUUGAGCGGCAAAGAGACCCAAACAGUAAAAUAUCGUUUGACGAGAAGAUCGCACAAUUGGGAAAACCAAAGUUGGGAGAGAUAUACCGGUGCGCCGUUCGCAUCAAAGAGAGCAAAGAAUUUAAGAACACUGUCGACAAAUUAAUAUCCAAAGCAAACACUAAGAUAAUGAUGGGUACGUCUUCUUGGAAGGACCAGUUCAUCGAUGCCAUCACUGUCUCAGCAGGCGACGACGAAGAGGGAGAUGACGAGGAAGGAGAUGGAGGAGAGCGGGAGGAGAAACUGCCCACUUGUUCUGAUUAUGUCAUGCAUUUGUUCACACUUUUCUGGAAGAUUCUGUUCGCUUUUGUGCCGCCGACAGAUUAUUUCAACGGUUGGCUGUGUUUUGUUGUGUCCAUAAUAAUGAUCGGAGCACUCACUGCAGUCAUCGGUGAUCUGGCCUCACAUUUUGGCUGCACUGUUGGUCUUAUAGAUUCUGUGACGGCCUUCUCGAUAGUUGCCCUUGGUACAAGUGUACCAGAAAUAGCAGACGGUUGGGCUUGUUUUGUAGCCAGCAUUGUAUGGAUCGGUAUUUUAACCGCAAUAGUCGGUGAUCUGGCCUCACAUUUCGGUUGCACUGUAGGCCUGAAAGACUCGAUAACAGCCAUCUCUUUUGUGGCUCUCGGCACUAGUAUUCCAGACACGUUUGCGAGUAAAGUCGCGGCACAGAAUGACCAGUUUGCCGACUCGUCCAUCGGUAACGUGACCGGCAGUAACGCAGUCAACGUCUUCCUGGGGAUCGGCAUCGCCUGGACUGUGGCAGCUAUAGUGCACGCAUACAGAGGCACAGUAUUCCGGGUGAAUCCGGGAUCUCUGGUCUAUUCGGUCACUUUGUUCAGUAUAUGUGCUUUCCUUACGUGUAUUGUAUUGAUGUUUCGACGAAGAUUUGGCGGCGAAUUAGGCGGACCUAUGCUCUCGAAAUUGCCAACAGUUAUACUAUUCGUCAUAUUCUGGUUAUUCUAUGUAUUGAUGUCCAGUCUUGAGGCCUAUCAUAUAAUUCCCGGAUUUUAAGCAAUGAAAGACACCAUUGGAUUGAAAGACAACAUUUUAAUACAUUAAAACAUGUCAUUACAUUAUUUCAUGAGUUAAUUUGAAUGAAAAAUCUAGACAAAAAGUCAAAUAUAAAUAUUUAAGUAUAUUAUUUGGCAAAUGAUCUGAAGUUUUCUUUAACUCAAUUAGUCUCUAAUGGAAGG